AGAAAAUGUCCUCAUUUUUUACAUUUUUUAAAAAAUCUGUACCCGCCGUUAAAAUAAAUGUGGAAAUGAUUGAAAACUUCAAUAAAUGCGAUGGCGAGGGUAACUACAAGAAGUUUUACAAAGAAAAUCUUGAUUUUCUUAUGUCACUAAACACUUAUCUUGAAAAAACAUCAUUUGAUAAAGGAACUCUGGAGAUAUCGCUCUGCAAAAAUUUUAUACCAUUAUUUGAUUAUUUGUCUAGUUGGAACCCUGAGAGUUCAGAAUUUGAAAUGAUCGACACCUCAUCACUUGAAAAAUAUGUUCCAGAAGUUUUAGAAGAUUUAAAAUAUGCGAUUUUCAGCUCUAAUUGGACUGAUUUUUAUUUCAAGUACCGAAGUGCGGUUGAUACAAUCAUUGAACUAUCCAGAAAACAAGGAACCGUUGAUAUUUCUAUUCAGAUUGGUAAUAAUUCAUGUGAAAGUUUCAAAGACAGAGAUUUUCGUAGGUACACUUAUUAUAAACUGGGAAAUAUUUCUGAAAAACCAGAAAACCGUGAGUUUGAAUCCACAUGCCAGGACGAAAUAGAUUCAUAUAUAGAUGAUCAAAAUUUUGAAAGGAAGUUGGAACAACAAGAGGCAAUUAAUUCCAAAGAAUUGGAAGAGAUGAAAAAGAAAAGAGAAUUGAAAAAAAAAGAGUUCGAGGCUGAAUUAGAACAAAUUCAAAGUCAAAUGAAAAAUCGUUUUAUUGCACUAUUUGAAUGUAUCAGAUUAAAACAAAGAUUUGAGGAAAAGGAAGAAAAAGUUGCUGAUUGGAUUCAAAAUUGCUAUAAGCAACCGAUCAAGAGAUUCCUAGAAUAUUUUCGAGAUUUUCAGAAUGUGGCGCGUGAAUGGAAAUAUUUUAAACGCUUACCGUCGGAAUCACUUCAAGAUGCAUAUGAAGAAAUAUCAAUUCUUUCAGAAUGUGUAUUAAGCCUAUUUGAUACUCUUGAGUUUCUGUUUAUCCAACUCGGUGAACAACAUGACAUAGCUACAGAUGCAUUAUUCAUCAAAGUUCUACAGAAAAGUAUAAUUGAUUUUGCACUUGUUUUAUCAUCGAUUCUGAAUAUUCUUGAUGUGAACGCCCCGUCCCACGAAUGGUAUAAACAACUCGAAAAGUUGUUUUUUAUGAUAAAGCUCAGUGACAUUCCGACAACAACAUCACUACGAAAAAUUUGCAAAAAAGCCGUCGUUUCCAACUAUGAGCAGUUAGAAUUCCCGAAGAUACACCUCAAGAGUUACGUCGUGAUCCACGAACAAGACAAUGUUCAAGCAGAAGAAGUUUGUACUUCUGAAAGUAAAUGUGUUAUUUGUUAAGUGAUAUAGAUAAUUUAUAUUUAUAUUCACUUCAUACAUACAUAUGUAUUUACAAAUUAUAUUCACUGAAUGAAAAAUUGAUUU